CAACAUGCGACAACCGCGGACUCAUUUUAAAGGAAUAAAAGGGAAGUAUUUUCAGCCAAAAUAAGUACUUCUUUAGAGGCUUGGGUUCUGCGCGGCAGGAAGUGCAGCAGGGAUGCGGAUCCGGCUGCAGGGCUGCGGCCACGCCGCCGGCCUGCUCUCCGAGCUCAACCGCUGCCGCCGGGCCCGGCUGUACUGCGACGUGCUUCUGACGGUGGGCGGCCGCUCCUUCGCCGCCCACCGUGCCGUGCUGGCCUGCGCCGGGUCCUACUUCCGCGGCCUCUUCGCCCGGGCGGCUCAGACGUCCGCCCUGACGCUGGAGUUUGUGUCCCCGGCCAACUUCGAGCGGGUGCUGACUUUCAUCUACACGGGGGAGAUCCUGACGGACCUCAUCGACGUGGGGGUGCUGUACGAGCUGGCGGAGCGUCUGGGCGUGAGUGACCUGGUGAAGGCCUGCCACGCCACCUUCCCCGACAUGCAGAGCUCCGCCUCCGACGGCCUGGACUCGGGUGGCCCCGCGGCGGCGGCGGCGGCGGCCUCCGGGGCGUCGGUGUGCUCGUCGGCGGCGUCCUGCUCCUCUCUGUCCUCGUCGGCGGGGCCCUCCGCCGCCCCCACCCCCGCCGCGGCCCCCUCGCCGCUGCUCCACCCCAGGACCCCUCGGGGGGGUGGCGGCGGCGGCCCCCCGGCCCCUCUCAACGCCGCCCCGCCCUCUCUGGACCUGAAGGCGGAGGACGUCCACUCCCACCUGGGCUACGGACAGCUGCCGGCGGCGGAGCCCAUGGAGCCGCCUGGAGAGCCCGGGCUGUCGCCGGGGCCCCCCCAGGGCCCCGUUGACGCCCCGGCGCUCCCGGGCCACGCCCUGCUGCGGCUGAAGACCGAGGAGGCGGACGGCAGCCCCCCCCACACGGGACCCCCGGGGGGAGGGUACGAGAACGGCGAGGCGGUCGUCUCUCAGAACGCGGCCGUCUCGCUGCGGCACGACGCCGGCCCCUUCCCGGCGGAGAGCGCCCCGCCCCCCUCCCCUCGGGACCCCCCGGGGGGCCCAAGGGGAGGGGACGGGGGGCGGGCGGAGCCAGCACAGGACGGGCUGACGGAGGAGGGGGUCCGCGGGGAGGCGGCGGGGGGGGAGGAGGAGCAGUGGAGGCGGCUGGCGGACGAGAUCAUCGAGCUGAGCGACGACGAGACGUACAUGGACGAGGACGAGGAAGAGGAGGAGGACGAAGACGACCUGGUGUUUGUGGAGAACGGCGGGGGCUCCAGCGGCGGCCAGGCCCCGGGGAGCACCGUGUCGUGCCGGGCCUGCGGCGUGGCCGUGCCGGCCGACCCGGCCGCCGUGCACACCCACGCCGAGACCCACCUGACGGAGGCGGGGCUCUGCCGGGCGUGCGGGGCCUCGUUCCCCGACCGGCCGGCGGGCGUGGCCCACGCCCUGGCCCACGUGGGCGUGGCCUUGUACUCCUGUGACAUGUGCCAGCUGCAGUUCUGCAGCCAGAGCAAGCUGCUGCGGCACCGGCGGCAGGCGGCGGCGGGCUACACGCUGCCCCCCGCCGCGCUCUCCGGCGCCCCCCAGGGCCAGGAGGUGGAGCUGCAGUGUGCCGUGUGCAGCCGGGUGCUGGAGCACGACUUCCAGGCGGUCCGGGAGCACCUGCUGAGCCACGUGUGUGUCCAGAGCCUGAGCUGCGGCGUGUGCCACCAGCCCCAGCUCUACCUGUGCUCCCUGCUGUGGCACACCCUCACCCACCUCGCCCUGCCCGUCUACACCUGCCCCCACUGCGCCCACAGCUUCCUGGAGCGCCCCCUGCUGGACAGACACAUGGCCACACACGCCGAUGAGGCCGCCGCCAAGGAGCGGGAGCGGAGCGCGCUGCGGGCCUUCAGGGGCGUGUCGUCGGGGGGCCUGGAGGGCGGCGGGGGGCUGGAGGGCGGCGGGGAGGAGCUGCAGUGCUUCCUGUGUCCCCAGAGGUUCCGCUCGUCCUCGGCCUUCCAGUACCACCUCGGCCUGCACACGGGGGGGCCGGGGGCGCUGGGGCCGGGGGGGGCCGGGGGGGAGGGGUGGCUGGGUCCGGGGGGGCCGGGGAAGCGGCGAGCGGAGCAGCCCCUGGAGUUCCUCUCGUCCCCCUACCCUUCGUCCUCCUCCCAGCGGGAGGCGGGGGGGGGCCUGGUGAAGAUGAGCUGCCUGGGGCUGGGCCCGGGGAUGGGCUUCGGCCGGCUGCCCGGCGGGGGCUCUGAGCUGGGGGGCUCCGAGCUGGCGGCCGGCGGUGGCCUCCGGAACACCAAGUGGUACCGCUGCCGCUACUGCGGCAAGCGCUUCGCCCACUCGGGGGAGUUCACCUACCACCUGCGCAUCCACACCGGGGAGAAGCCCUACCAGUGCAAGGUGUGCCUGCGCUUCUUCCGCGGGCGCUCCACCAUGAUCUGCCACCUGAAGACGCACGCCGGGGCGCUCAUGUACCGCUGCACCGUGUGCGGCCUCUACUUCUCCACGCUGAAGCUGGUGUCCUCCCACAUGGAGCUGCACAAGGGCCACCUGCCGGCCGACUUCAACAUCGAGCAGACCUUCAUGUACAACGACCACUCCAAGGAGCCGCUGCUGCUGCCCCCCGGGGACCCCUGACCCCUCCUGGGCCCCAGGGGGACCCCUGACCCCCCCCGGGACAACUGACCCCCCGGGACCCCAGGGGGACAACUGACCCCCGGGGGUCAGGGCUCGGGUGGUGUCUGGCGUGCCUAGGUCCUACACUGGGGGUCAGCUGGCUCUCGUUCUAUUGUCUGACGCUCAGCGGUUGUGGUGCCGAGGACCACAGGAACAACCCGCCCAGCACUCGCGCUCCACCAGGGUCGGGACUCCCGGCAAAGCGUCUCCCAGUCCAGUCCCAGAGUGCAGCCGUCGGUCCCUCUCUCACAGCUGGGCUACAUGUUGGCUCGCUGCUCUGAGCCCACACUAUAGCUCAGGAAAGCUGUUUUUAAUGAUCCGUGGUCACCAGAUUUCCCGCCCAAUCCGUCAACACUGCAUAUGGGGCUAUUCGGUAUUCAGUGGGUGUGUGUGUGCGUGUGUGACAUCCCGAAGACUCUGAUCAGCGUUCAGAUUUAGUCGAUUCCUCCGAGUCCGCUAGAUGGCAGUGUUUCUAGUGGUUUGAUGUGUGGUUGGACGUCUCCAGACUGUUUCACAGCUCUGAUGCCUUUAGGAGACCCGCCAUGACCGUCUGAUAAACGUAGCACCAUAAUGUAGCAUACCAAAUGUAUAUCUGAAUGUGUGUAGUCCUUGUAGCGUGUGGCGUCUUUCAACAGUUUUUCUAUGUUUCCAACACACCAGGUUUUGAGUUUACAGCAUCACUUGCCACUGUAGAUGUAUUGAGGCCUUAUUAGUUCAAAUCGACCCACUCCGUCUUGAAAUGUUGGGUUUUGCUACUCCAGCUAAAUUAAAAUCCUAAAUGUACAUACUAUCUGAAAUUAUAUAUUUUUGUUCUAGUCUUAUCAGAUACCAUCAUAAUGUUGCACUUUUAUCCAAUGAGUUAAUAUUUAGUGUUCUACAUGCUAUCUUGGUACAUUGGUGCUGUAGAAACCAUGAUGCUCACUGGCAUCUUAUCAUGCCGGACAUAGAAAGUGAUUUUGUGACAUUUGAUACCUUAAGGUUUAUUAAACGGAAUCGGUACUGGCUGUGAAAAGGUUGAAUUGUACAAACUUUCUACGAGGUUCCAUGUGUAUAGUUAAUGUCUGUUACCAUGUAUAUCUGUAUGAGAUCCUAACUAUUUAUUCUAUUUAUGUUUUUUUUAAUCAUUUUAUAAAGUAACAACUUUGAGCCGUCUUUGUUUGUUUUAUUAGUAAAUAAAAUCAUUGUUCCUGUUUUUUUCCAUUUUGAUGUGUAUUUGGUGUUGUUCUGCCUCAUCAUCACACUUCCAGUGAUGAAUGGGCACAUUCUGGGUUUUAUCAGCGCGGGUGUGACCUUGGCCCAGGGCCCUUCCUGCUAUUGUGCUGUCGUCGGCGCGCUAGCGGCCUCCUUCCUCUGAUUGCUCCGACAGCACCAGGGUUCAGACAGAGGAGCUGGAACAUCCUCCUUUAUGCAUCCCCCGCCGCAAAAAAUAAUUCUGGGAUUUCGUGAUAAAAUGAUAUUUUUUCCUCAAUACUUUGGGUCGAGUAAAUAAAAUGUUUUUUAUUAGUAAGAAAUUGUGAGAAUAAACAACCAUGUUAGAGCAUUAUUCAGAAACAGAUGAGUGACCAUAAAUGCAUAACAAGUCUGGAAUCAGGACGUAAAGCUUCCAACGACCACACCUUAAUGAGGGUCUACCUAAACCUGCCACCCAGCUGCUCCUCAUUGAUUCAGUUAUUCUUCAUAUUUACUGCCUGUACGACAUGAACUGGUAUUGCAUUUCCAAAGAGUCCGUCCUGCUCGUCCGGGGGGCUGCCUUUGUCUUGGUAUUGUCCAUUUACUAAAGAGUUUUUGUGGGACUCAAAAGCAUGAAGGAAUUAAAAAUGUCCUUACAUUUCUUUAUUUGCGAGCAUGUUAUUUAAAGUCAAGCGGGUUAUAUAUUUAGUUUAGG